CGUUUGCAUAAUUCUCUGCCAAAAGAAAAGGCUGAUUGUGUGCAUGUUGCAACAGAGUUAGAGGGGGAAGUGAUUGGCGAAGUGAGAAGAAAAAGCUUAAGCAAGGUCAUUCCUUGGCACAACCAGGAGAGGCUAAGUGGAUGUAGCAGAGACUAAGAGGCAACCAGGCAGAAUCUGUUCGGAAAGGGUGUCAACCCUUUGCAAGUCUCGGUAAUGAGGCCACAUUUGCUGAGCUAUACCGCUUUGCUUCUGCUAUGCAUAUGUUGCUCUGCGCAGAAGGGUGGAAAUGACUGUGGACCACCUCCAAGAAGAGACCGUGAAGAACUUGCAAAAUUACCAGGCAAACCAUCCUAUUCCCAUGGGGAAGAAGUACUCUACAACUGCCGGCCUGGAUAUAUAAAACUUGGGCGCAUUAGAUUUCAGUGUAACGAUGGACAGUGGGUGCAAUCUGUACCACAUGUGGAAUGCAGAAAAAAGCCAUGCGGACAUCCUGGAGAUAUCCAGUCUGGCUCUUUUGAUAUUGUUAAUGAAAAUGAAUUUGUCUUUGGCGCUCGUGUUGUGUAUCGGUGUGAUGAUGGGUACAAGAUGCUCAGCCAUACAAAUUACCGUGAUUGUCGUGCAGAUGGAUGGAGCAAUGAUGUCCCUCAUUGUGAAGUGAUGAAGUGUUUCCCAGUAAAAGCACCAGAAAAUGGAAGAAUCCUUAUGACUGGAAUACAAGACUUAGACCAGGAAUUUCUGUUUGGCCAGGUGUUACGAUUUGAAUGCUCCGAAAGUUUCAAAAUCCAGGGAUCCGAACAAAUCUUUUGCACAGCUCAUGGAAACUGGAGUGACAAUGUACCAAGAUGUGUAGAAAUUACUUGCCAAGAAGAAAACAUUGAUCAUGGAUAUAUAUUAAACCCAAAGAGACUCUACAAAGAGGGGGACCGAGUGCACUUCUCAUGUAAUAAUGGGUACAAGCAUGCUGAGAGAUCGGACGCUACAUGCACUCAGAAUGGGUGGAGUUCAAGACUUGCAUGCAUAGAGAUUGUAUGUUCCCCACCGCAAGUAGAAAAUGGCGGCUUCCAGCCUAAGCAGAGUCAGUAUGACUUUCAAGACACAAUCGAAACACAGUGUGAGGCUGGGUAUCAGAGCCGCCAAGCCACUUCCAUGUGUACAGAGACGGGGUGGUCUCCUCCUCCGAUAUGUGUUCCAAAGAACUGUGAUUAUAUUCGGAUCGAGAAUGGACAACUAUCUAAUUCCUAUGAAUACUGGCGCAACCGCUAUUUUCCUAGAAGCGUGGGACAAACAGUUGACUAUCAUUGCCAUGAUGGUUUUCUACCAAGGAAUAAAGAAACAUGGCAUAGAGCUUCAUGCACCAAAUUCGGCUGGAGUCCAGAACCAAAAUGCUACAAAAAAUGUGACAUUCCUAGACUGCUUGAACAUGGUACAUUCAAUGCCCAUACUUGGCAGAAGUUCAUAGAAGGUGAUGAAACUUCAUAUUCUUGUGAGGUUGGAUAUGUUCCUGCAAAUCAACAAGCUAAGGCCGUGUGCACCAAAAACGGCUGGUCACCUGCUCCACGUUGUAACGUAAGAAAAACAUGUAGACUCAAGGAACCACCAAACGGAUUUUUCACUGAAAGAAGAAACCGGUAUAAUUUGAAUGACAAAAUAUCUUAUCGCUGUCAGCCCGGAUUCACAACUCCACAAGGACUCGAAAUAGGAGAUAUACAAUGCCAUGAAGAAGGGUGGAAGCCUGAACCAAAGUGUAUCAAGACAUGCCAAGUACCAACUCAAAAUAAUGAAAUCUUUAACACAAAUCAAUCAGUUUUCUUGUUUGAAGAAAUACUUCACUACAAAUGUAAAGAUGGGUUCGAAACCAUUAAAAAGGCCACAGGUGACCAUGUAGUAUGCACAGAGAAUGGAUGGAGUUCGAAGCCUGAAUGUCUACCAAUACAUUGUGAUGGUUUCCUUCUGGAGAAUGGGAUACUUGGCCCUAGAAAAAACCAGUAUCAGCACAGAGACGUGGUGAAAUUUUCCUGCCGCGGAGGCUACACAAGAGUUGGGCCUGACUCUGCCCAGUGUUAUCAUUUUGGAUGGUCUCCACAGCCCCCAACGUGUAAAGUUUCAGCAGAAGUCAAUCCUUGUCAGCCACCCGCCGGCAUUUCAGAUGGCACUACUAAUGGAGACCUUAAGGAAAAAUAUGAACAUGGAGAAAAGGUGGAAUACAAGUGUAAUUUUGGAUUUGCAAUGACUGGAUCAAAGUCGAUUGAGUGUUUGGAUGGACAGUGGACAUCUUUACCGCUCUGCAAAGAGGAACCCAGAACUUGCGAAGCACCUUCAAGUAUUAGAAAUGGAGGCCCUGUCAGUGUUGACUCAGAUAGAUAUCUGCAUGGUGAAACUGUGGCAUAUGAAUGUAAUGAAAGUUUUUUCAUUGUUGGAACUAAAGAAGCUGUGUGUCUGCAUGGACAGUGGGAGUUACCAUUAUGUGUUGAUGUUGCAGCAAAAUGUACACGUCCACAGAAUGCAGAUUUUGUACCAAAUGCUUCUCUGAUGAAAAAGUUUAACCACAACGCCGUUGUAACCUACACCUGUGGUUCCAAUCAGCAUAAAACAAAAUGUGUUAAUGGAAAAUGGUCACCUGAGCCAGAAUGCACAGCAUUCUGUCCACCACCACCUCAGCUUCCCAAUGCCAUUGACAUAACUGAUACGAGAAACUAUAAGAGUGGUGAGGAGAUAAGCUUCAGGUGUCAGGAGAACUUCCUUCUUCAAGGGCCCAAAAAAAUAAAAUGUGACAAUGGAAAGUGGCAAACCCCACCACGCUGUUUUGAUACAAGAUGUGGAGAUCCCCCUGCAAUUGCCCAUGGUGAGGUAAAUAAUAGUUCCCAGAGAAUGUAUCUUUCUGGUGAAAGUGUGGAGUAUCAUUGUCAUGAAGGUUUUGAACUUGGAGAAUCAAGUACUUCAACAUGCGAAAAUAGGGAGUGGUCCCCAUCGCCAACUUGCAGAGAAAAGUCAUGUGAGGCGCCCCCCGAUCUCUUUGAUGCUGCAUAUGAAGGAUCAACAAAAAAUCGCUAUGAGCCUGGGGACAUACUACCUUUCAACUGUGCACCAGGUUAUGCUACAGAAGGACCACAGACUAUCACAUGCCAAAAAGGAAAGUGGUCGGAAGUUUCAACCUGUGAAGAUGCAACCUGCAGAGAACCCCCUGCAGUUGCCGGUGCUGAAAUUGUGGAGGGGAUAGCAGAGGCUUAUCUGCCUGACCACAAGGUGCAGUAUCAGUGCCAUGAAGGUUUUGAAAUAUCUGGAUCAGCUAAUGUAACAUGUCAAAAUAAAGAGUGGUCAGAACCACCGACAUGUGUAGAUGUAACAUGCCCUCCCCCACCCCGGAUUUCCAAUGGUCAGGUUACGACUGAUCUCAAGCAAAGGUACUUGCCUCUUGAAAAGGUGCGCUAUCGCUGUUUCGAAGGAUACAGCCUUUUUGGAUCUUUUACAGUAAAGUGUGUGAACAAAAAAUGGACAGAACCACCAAGAUGCACAGAUGCUGCAGGGAAAUGUGGUCCUCCACCUCCUAUUGAAAAUGGAGACUUUCUGGGCAUGGCAACUUCAGAAUAUAUGCCAGGGGCAUAUGUACAGUAUAAGUGCCAAUCUCUCUACAAGAUGCAAGGAAAUCAAUAUGUACGAUGUGUGAACGGGCAUUGGACAGAUACACCAACAUGCAUAGUUCCUUGUACAGCAACCGAAGAAGAUAUGAAUCAGAACAACAUACGGCUGAGGUGGAUAUACGAUAAAAAAAUCUAUUCCACAUCUGGAGAUGUGGUAGAAUUUGUCUGCAAAGUGGGCUUUCUGGAAGAUCCAUCCUCGCCUCCCCUCAGAGCCCCAUGUAGAGAGGGCAAGUUCGACUACCCAAGAUGUAUACGAAGACAACAAAAGUAAUUGGAAGAAGCAUUCAGAAGACAUUUUUAACCAGCGCCUGAUCUUCAAGAUUCAUUAAUCAUUUUUUUUUCAAUAUUAUCAAAUCAAGCUACUUCUUCACACAAAUAGAUUUUCCCAUGGAUUAUAUGCAGCUGCUCACAAUGGAUCAUGGACCUAAAAUUGGAAGCCUACUUCCUUGAAGAAACACCUGUAACUUUUAAGGAUUGAUAUAAUGAGUAUAGAUGUAGGUCUGGUUCACUUACAAUAAAUUAUACUUUAAAGCAUCGUGGAAAAUGUUAUAGGAAGGAAAGAAAUACAACAGGAGAAAAGAACCCAAGAGUUUUGUAUAAACAUUUCCAGCUCUGGACUUUUGAAUUCUCAGUGAGGACUAGCAGCUGUAAAUAAUACACUAGUUGUGUAAAACUGCAGUGAAUUUUUGUAAGCUUGUAGGGCUACUAUGUUCAUUAAAAAAUAAAA